AUGUCGUGCUCCGAGGCCGUGAUGCCGACGAGGGCCACCUCGCCCACCUCGCCCACCUCGCCCCCGAUACACGCGCACGACUGCACCUGCGCGAUCGAGCACGACCGGCGGAUCAGCUUCGAGCGGCGCCUGUCGCGCGAGAGCCUCGGCAAGGGCGCGACGCUGGCCGCGAUCAUGACUGGCCGAGCAGUCCGCAGCGUCGACUCGUCGCCCGUCAUCGCGCCCGACGCCGUGUCGCCGCUCCGCGCGCGCGCGUACUCGCUCGGCCCGGCGGCCAUCGUCGAAGAAGAGGCCGAGGGCAAGGUGUCUGCCGAUGUCGACAUCACGCAGCGCGCGGCGUCGGCGUCAACCGCCGGCAUGUCCGAGAAGGCCAGCGAGCCAGACACCACGCCGCCGACGUCCCCGCCCACGAAACCCCGCGACCUCGAGGCCGCGCGCCCGGCCCACCCGCUCGACUACAAGCUCUCGCGCGAGUCGUGGGCCGACUGGUCGGCGCAGGACGUCGCGUCGACCGCCCUCGUCCCGGCCCUCGUGAUGCAGGCCCUCGCGACGGGCCUGCUCGACGCGACGACCUACGCCGACUUCCACACGUUCGCGUCCAACCAGACGGGUAACGCCAUCGUGCUCACCGUUGCGGCCGUCGGUGUGCUCCGCAUCCAGGUCGUCCUCACGUCCGUGUCCCUCGCGUCCUUCCUCUUCUGCGCGUUCGUCUUCGGGCACAUCGGCCUGUGGCUCGGCGUGCGCCGCCGCGCAUGGCUCCUCCUGACGACGGCCAUCCAGAUGGUGUUCCUCAUCGUCGCGGCCGUGCUGCUCUCGCCCUCCGGCCCGCCGGGCACGGCGCUCAAGGGCCCAGCGGAAGCGGCCACACUCGCCCUCUUCGCCGGCAUGUCGGGCGCGCAGGUCGCCAUGGCGCGCCAGAGUUCCUGCGCCGAGCUCCCCACGGCCCCCAUGACGUCCACGUUCGUCGACUUUGUCGCCGACCAGUACCUCUUCGCGGCGUGGGGCGACCCCAAGGCCGGCCCGCGCAACCGCCGCAUCUUCUACGUCCUCUCCAUGCUCGGCGGCAGCUUCAUCGGCGCGGUCAUGCACCGCUGGACCGCGAGCUGGAUCGUAGUCGCUGUCGCGGUUGGCCUCAAGGCCCUCGUCAUGGUGCUCAUCGCGUUCGCCCGCGCCGACACGUACAAGCCGAAGGAGUAG